AUGGUACAAGCGACUCGUAGUAGCGGAACCUACCACAAUUGCUCUAACAGAUACCUGUUGAAAGAUUCAGACGUUGCUGAAAGUUGUUUUCAUCGUCAAUUUUAUCACAUAUACUGCGAAAGAGUGAAGGCACUGAAACCACGCAUUGUAGAGGCCGCCAAAAAGAAAUAUGGUGAUGAUGUUGAACCGCAUUCCCUAAUAGAUCUAAAAAAGCUGAAAAAAGGUCUUGUUGUGGGUAUUAUAAUCAAACGCGUUCAGCAGAGACCUAGUGUCCUCAGAGCAGUUGCAGCGCAUGAGCUCAUCUUACCAGAUGCAGUAGUAGACGAAAAUUUAUUAGGGAGCGAAGAUUAUUUGGAGCUGCAGGACGGUGAUCAGCAUGUCCGUCUAAAUGGCGCGAUAUCUAUGAAUGACGUGGCAACCGGUUGCAUAGUUGGGAUUAUUGGGACUUUGGUGGGGGCUAAUGUAUUUGAGGUUCGAAAUAUCGUGUGGCCGAGUAUGGCACCGCAACCUCCUUUUCCUUCUUUGAAAUACGAUAGGUAUAUAAUGUUUAUUUCUGGAUUAUCAGUGUCUGGAGAAUCAAGCAACGAAACAGCUAAUUUGUUUUGCCUGGACAUGCUAGAAAGAUGGCUUUGUGGUUUUCUGCCUAUGUCACAACAGGAAAAGAAUAUAAUUCAGAAUAUCUGUCGACUCGUGAUAGCUGGAGAGAGUGUUGCCAUUACCGAUCAGGGCAAAGAGUAUGUGACAAUGGCGAGAUACCUGGUUAAAACAGAAGAAUGUCCGAACGUUGAAAGUGCGACUGUUGUAGACAAACUAAUUUCCAAAAUCACGGGUUCAAUCGAAGUAGAUGUGAUGCCUGGCGUUGGCGACCCAACAACCCACUUGAUGCCACAGCAGCCGAUUCACAGAGCCGUCUUCCCAAGAGCUUCACUUUGUGGCGAAAUGUUGAAGCUAGUGCCCAAUCCAUACCAGUUUAUGCUCGAUGAUGUCUACAUUAUGGGGACUAGCGGACAAAAUAUUAAUGACUUGAAAAGAUUUUGCGAGGAAGUAACUAGUGUUGACCUGUUGAAAAGUGUACUGUAUUAUCAGCAUCUCGCUCCAACGGUUCCUGACACUACUGAUGGUUUUCCGUUUGAAAACCGUGACCCUUUAAUAAUCGAAGAAGAUUUUCCUCAUAUAUUCUUUGCUGGUAAUCAAAAUCGUGCAGAAUUUUCGUUAACCGAAUUUGAAGAAGGACGUAAAACCUUAUUGUUGUCUAUACCUAGUUUCUCAAAAACUAGAUCAGUGUUGCUCGUCAAUCUGAAGACACUGGAUGUGAUCGAACAAAGUUUUGAUUACGAGAACAUUGACUAA